UCUAAAAGUAGGUGCUCAUUGAAAGUGAAAAAGAAAAGAAAAAAAGGAGAAGGCUACUUUUAUAAUAAGGAAUUAUUAUAUGCCAGUGCCAGCAGCCAAUGGAAUAUCCUUUCUUGUACAGUGAGUAAAGUAAUUUGUAUUAUAGUGAAGCAGCAGAUCCAGCCACCAUGUCGGCCAAGCUGCUCUACAACACUGAGCACUCCAUUGUUUUGUAUUAAUUCUCCUGCUAAUCAAAUUUACGUUAGUGUUAGCCUAUUCUUGAAUUAAUUUGCAAUAAAGCAAAUCUUAAUUAGUUUGCAGUAAUUAAUAAUUAAAUGAAACGACAAGCACAUUCUAAGCUGCCACGCAUCCCAACGUAAGUGCAGAUCUGAUGUUUAAUGUUAGAACUAGAAAUAGACAUCCACACAAUUUCCCUCCACGUGUCCUCCACCGAUCAUUCCAUUCUUUCCCAUAUAAAACGCUCAUCUUCCUCUUCUCUAACAUUUCUACAUAAUAAUACAAUGGUGUCAUCACCGCCUCCUUCCGCGGGUUCCGGUGGCCGUAGAAUCCAGCUGAUCCGACCAAUUCUGGGUCUGGGUUUCUGGGUACAAGGAUUCAGGUGCUUUCCUUGGAUGGCUGUCAAUUUCUUCUUAAAGGAUGGUCUUAAUGUGGACCCUUCUACUCUUCAGCUUCUUCAAAACUCUGCUAAUCUUCCUAUGGUCGGAAAGCCUUUCUACGGCGUCGUUUCUGAUGUUGUUUAUUUCUCCGGCCAGCAUCGUAUUCCUUAUAUUGCCUUUGGCGCUUUCUUGCAAGCAUUUUCAUGGCUAGCUAUUGCAAUUCUCCCACCGUCAAGCCUAUCGAUCUUCUGCAUCAGUAUAUACCUUCUACUUGGUAAUCUCGGUGCUUCGAUAGCUGAGGUUGGUAACGACGCUAUGGUGGCAGAGAUAGGAAAGCAGCCAUCAAAAAAAUCGCAACCAUCUUCAUCCUCUAGUGAGCUUCAGUCAUUUGUUUGGAUUGCUUCGUCUGCAGGUGGUGUUCUCGGAAACCUUCUUGGUGGUUUCGCUAUUACUAGAUACUCGUCUCAAGUUAUGUUUCUCUUUUUCGGUUUUAUCCUUGCUGUUCAAUUCUUUAUAACAAUAUUCGUCAGAGAACGUUCCCUUAAUCUCCCCAAGAGUUCUUCGAAUAUCGGGAUCAGAAAACAGCUUUCAGAGCUCUGGUCUGCAAUGAAGAAACCCAAUAUUGCUUACGCAAUAUCAUGGUUGUUUGCUUCUUCUGCUGUAAUCCCGGUACUGGCAGGAACAAUGUUCUUCUAUCAAACAGAACAUUUGCAAAUUAAUUCAUCUAUAUUAGGGAUUUCUAAGGUUUUCGGCCAGGCUGCAAUGCUUUUAUGGAGCGUCAUCUAUAACUGCUACUUGAAAGAAGUUCCUGCCAGGAAAAUAAUUGCAGCUAUUCAGGCAACAAUGGCAGUGUUCAUGGUUUCUGAUGUGUUGUUCGUAAAGGGAAUUUACAGAAAUAUGGGAGUCCCUGAUUCGCUAUAUGUCGUAGUUUUCUCUGGUGUUUUAGAAGUUUUGUUCUUUUUCAAGAUUCUCCCUUUCAAUGUAGUAAUUGCACAGCUAUGCCCGCCAGGAUGCGAGGGAUCCCUGAUGGCACUAGUGGCGUCUACUAUAGCCCUUUCAUUCAUAGUGAGCGGAUAUCUUGGUGUUGCACUUGCAUCCUCUAUUGGCGUCACCGGAGAUGAUUUUUCUGGUUUUCCACGAGCGCUGCUGAUACAAGCGAUCUGUACACUUUUGCCGAUUUAUUGGUCUUAUUGGGUUCCGGAUGACAAUGAAACUCUGAAGAAGAAAGAGUAGUGAUAAUGUUUAUAGAAAUUGAGAAGAUGACUGAUUUUUGUUAGGUUGGUAAGAACCAUAUAUAUAUAUAGAUAAAUACACCCAUUUUUUUGCUUAAACAUUCAUGUACCAAUAAACAAAAUAUUAGUUGUAGAUGCAGGUAUUUCCAUAUAAGAUGAUUCCUUUUUACCA